CUACUUUCUUGCUAGCUCCAGCUCCAGCUUCAGCUUGUCUUCUCAACUUUACCUUACUUUUAUUCUUUCUGCAAUGGCGUAGUCCAAUUCGCAGUCUUAGUUGGCUUCUUAUUCUCAGCAGUUGGCGUGAGACUUAGUUUUGUUCAUUACCAUUUUUUUAAACAUCUUCAUUCCUACAGGCAUCGCUGUGACGCCCUGGGCGAAAGCUACUUAGCAGCUCUCAUACAACCACGGAUAUCGUUGCUCGACACCAUGAAUACAAACGACGUAAAUAGCUUCGAUGCCGGUCGAAGACCACGGCCCAAGUCCUCCAUCCUCGAGGGCUUCAUGCAUCGUCGUCAAGCCUCCACCGAUACCCAUUCAUUCCAGGCCCCUUUCGAUGGUCCUGUCUCUCCUAUACAGCCCAAGAUCAUGGCUUUUGAGAACUACUCCAACCCAGGGGCACUGGCGGAGCUACAAUACAACCAGCAAGAGUCUUCCGGACGCUUCUCGCGGCGACAGGACCGAGGCCGAUCACAGUCCCCGACCAAGAGCAGCUUUGGCAACUUCACCAUCAUAACAGCACCCGGCAAAGAAGCCAAGGGCUCAAAAUCUCGCGAUCCCUCUCCCACCAAACCGAAACGGCCAAAGUCAACAACUAACCUUGCUGGUCUGCUCAAGCCCAAGACGCUCCGAAACUUGGGCAGGUUCGGAUCCGACGACAAUGUCAAUUCAUCCAAGGACAAGGAAAACAGAACUCCCGAAGAACCGGUAGCAGACCCUGCACCAACACCCAUUUAUUCUCAGUUUGCCUCUCGACCGAACAUCGAACCAGCCCAGAGCACACGCCGUAGUAUGGACGAAGCACGGGCACCAAGUGUCCAGGAUCUUUAUAAUGGCAGUCGAGUCGCCGUCAAAGAGCGACCGAAAUCAUAUCAUCCCAUGCUGGGAAGAAUGGAACCACCCCCCUCACCGACCAAGGCACGCACUUCAAACGAUUCCCGAAAGGGAUCAAAAGACUCGACUGAGGCUAAAAGUAAGAGCGGUCGAGGUAAGGUCUUGAGCGUCUUUACUACAUUCAACCACAGCCGAUCCAAGUCAACGUCAGUUGUACCUGAGCCGACCGAGGCAGUACUUGACCCUAAGGAUAUUGACAAACACCUUGAAGCUAUGUUGGACCGACGAAACAUUCCAGAGAACCAGAGAUACAAGAUGAGGAACCUGAGCGACACCAUCAAGAUGGAGUUUAUCCGCCAGGACUGGGCCGAAUCACAGGCUUCUCGGACAGAGAGAUCCUGCUCAACAGAUAGCGCCAAUAGCGGCCUGGUCAUGGAAGCCGGCACACAAAAUGAAGAGAAACAGAAGCGAUCACGGGGCAAGAGUUUUACUCUCUCACGAGGAAGAAAGGAAUCAAAGGAGCCAAGCUCCCCUAUCAAAAAGUCAAAGGGCGACGGGACGUUGGGCCGUCAUUUCAGAAGCAAGUCCACCGACAGCGUAGUCAGCGAAGGGCCUCCUGGAUCAAGCGGCUCCGUUUCCAACUCUGGAAUUCUGUCCAAGAUUAAGCUCAACCAAGGCCCAGGUGAUUACGUGGCGUAUCUCAGAAAGGUUCAAAAACCAGAACUUGUCGAGGUCGGCAAAGUUCACAAGCUACGACUGCUUCUCAGGAACGAGACAGUGGCAUGGAUCGAAGACUUCAUCCAGCAAGGCGGUAUGAAGGAGAUUGUAGGUCUGCUCAACCGCAUCAUGGAGGUUGAAUGGAGGGAGGAACAUGAAGAUGCACUGCUUCACGAGAAUCUUCUCUGUCUAAAGGCACUGUCGACGACAGCUCGCGCCAUGCAAUAUCUUCACACGAUCCAGAGCGAUCUAUUUCCCAAGCUCCUACAUAUGCUCUUCGACCCAGAGAAGAAGGGUCCCAGCGAGUUCACCACUCGUAACAUCAUAACAUCCGUCUUGUUCACGUAUGUUGAGUCUGCUGCACCAGCCGAACGGGUCACACGAGCCCAGAGUAUUCUCGCACACCUCAGAGACCCCGAGCCAAAGGAGGAUCAGCGCCCAUUGCCAUUUGUCCUAGAGAUGAGGCAAGAAAGGCCAUACCGCGUUUGGAACAAGGAGGUUGUUAGCGUCACUAAAGAAGUGUUCUGGAUCUUCCUUCACAACGUCAACGUUGUAUCCCUUCCUUCGGACCGCCCCUCGACGUGUGACCUUGCCCCUGGUCCGUACAGUUACAUGCUUCGACAUUUCCCUCAAGAGCGCCCCCCGGUCCCAGCAGCACCAUAUGUGGGCGGAGUCGAAUGGGAUGCGACCAACUACCUGGCUUCUCAUCUUGAUCUCAUGAACGCCAUCUUGGCCUGCACACCGACACAAGAGGAGCGCAACACUCUUCGCGCACAGUUCCGAAUUUCGGGAUGGGAGCGAUGCCUUGGUGGUAGUCUACGACUCUGUAAAGAGAAGUUCUAUGGAAGUGUGCAUGACGGGCUUCGGACAUGGGUCGGAGCGGCGGCCGAGGAUGGUUGGGACGUCAAGGAUGUGCGAUACGGGCCGCCCCCUGACGCUCGGGCUUCACCAAAGAAAACUGGAGGUGGUCAGAAGAAACCGGUCGAGGCGGCGCCAAAGCUUGAGAUGCCGAAGCUCGAUUUUGGGUCGGAUAAGCCAUCCACUCCGAGUAAGGAGAAGGACAUGUGGCUGUGAUGAAAUGGCAAAUCUUGAAGUGCCAGCAUUUGUUUCUUGCAUGUAUUUCCUUGUUGGUCUGGAGCCAAGGUUGAUUGUUGGUUGUUUGGAAGUCAUGGUAGAGAUCCUACUUUGAUGAUGGCAUGUUAAUGAACUGAUGACACAAAAAACUGUAUUGUUGACCCAUCCGUGCUUCGGGUUACUUGAUACAAACUCCUUGUAGAUCUCACGUGUUCCCGUGAUGUACAGCUUAUGUGACGCUCAGGACCAGCCAGCCACCGUACGCUGCGCCCUUGUUUUCUUGGAAACUUUGGUCCAAGGUAGUAGUCUUGUAUUCUUUAUCCUCUACGACGGGGCUUGUUCAAAGAUUGCUUCGAUGAAGCUUGAAGGACUCAAAAACCGUUGCACCUUUGAGCACAUCUUCCUUAACCUUUUCAUCAGCUGCUGUCAGCUUGGGCAGCAAUUCGAGGACCUCAGAAACCUUGUUCUGAGGAAUGACCACCACCCCGUUGAUUGGAUCGCUAAAUGCAAGGUCGCCAGGAGAGACGAGGGUUCCAUCAAUGUCGAGAGGUACCUGGAUCGCCCAGGGCACGCUCCCUCCACCAACCCCAACGGUGGACAACCCUCGAGCCCAAAUCUGCAUUGUACCUCCGAGUUCAGCUUGUUCCAUGAGCAGGGUAAAUGACACUCACCGGUAAGGAAGUACUCUUUAGUUCCGCUAUAUCUCUGGCUCGCCCAGCUACAACGAUGCCCUUGGCUUGGCACACUUUCAUGCGAACUGCCAUGAUCCCACCACAAACAGCAUUCUUUUGACCGUCAGGCUGUUUAAGAACCACAAUGGUUCCUGGUUCUGUCAGAUCGGCCCAAUGGGUUCCCUCAGGGAUGUUCUUUUGUAUUUCUGGGAGAUCCUGUCCCUUGGAGGCGAAGAGAACUGUUGAAACUGGAGCAACAGUAACCGAUGUUGCAUCACCCUCAGGAGAGCUGUAUAGGUUCAGAUCGGCAACAAAGCCGGCGCCGGGAACCUUUAACUUGAGGAGUGCGUCCGAGAUAUCACAAGCGGAAUACUGCUGCAGCUUUACCAAGUCCUCGGCGUGGUAACUCAUGCUGAUAGCGUCCGAGGGCAACAAGUUUUUAGCGAAUACGGCGAGUCGGUGAGCAAGGUCUAUCAAAUAGUUGCAGUUUCGAAGAUUAAAAGCCUCUUUGACGUUGUAAGUGCGUUAUAGCCCCCCGGGUUAGAACUUGCCGGUAAUCGCAGGAAGUUCAGGUCGUAGUGGAACUUGGAGCUCCAUGACUCCGGAGCCUCCCAUCAACCGGGACGUACAGUCCAAUCAGAAGCAUUACCAGCACAUGCUUUG